CUUCCCUUCAGCAAUACACCACACCAUACCCUAAACCUAUAGUUCAUAUAUCCAUGGCCGCCACCAACCACUUCGGCACCAUUUUCAUCAUCUCCCUUCUCUUCUUUGUAGUGUUUUCCGACGCUUGCGAUGUAUGUCAGCCCAAACCAACGCCGCCUCCAUUGGUUCCACCACUGCCUCCAUUGGCUCCAGCACCAGCCGGGCCCUUCUGUCCCAAAGAUACUUUGAAGCUUGGUGUGUGUCUUGACCUUCUUGGGCUUGUUAACAUUGUGGUUGGAACACCUCCUAGCAGCGAGUGUUGUGCUUUGCUUGAAGGUUUAGCAGACUUGGAGGUUGCAGCUUGUCUUUGCACUGUCAUUCAGGCCAAUGUACUUGGAAUUAACUUGGAUGUGCCUGUUGCUCUUAGUGUGCUGGUCAGUGCAUGUGGCAAAACCAUUCCUCCUGGUUUCGUGUGUGAAUAGAUUAAGUCAAAGUCUUCACUCUUGUGUCCUUUAACUUGUUUGAUUGUGCUUCAAGUGUGUUGUUGUUGUCACAGCCAGAAAAAAGUAUGUUAUUGUUGUGAUUAUCAAUUGUUUUUGUAGAGGGUAAAGUUCUGUACAUCUGAGUCUACUAAGACUCAUAGUGACGAAAGACUCGUGCACCACGCUGCUCUCUUUUUUCUAAAUAUUGUAUGGUUUUCUAUCCUUCCUCUAGUUUUCUUUUUCAUCUGGUUGAUUGGUGAUUUGUUCAAAUAAAUGUGCCUCGGUGUCUUGUAGUACCUGAUUCUUAUCAUUCAAUAAAAGUACUAGUGCCUCCUUUUUGGACUAA